AUGGAAACUUCCAGGUCUUUUCAAUCACAGCCUGUCCAGGAGUUUGAACCUCCGUCUGCGGCGAUUCUUGGACGGGUGGGGGCAUGCCUCCCAUGUCGAAGGAGGAAACAACGCUGCAGUUCUGAUAAACCUGCAUGCGAGCAAUGCGUUCGUGGAAAUAGGGCUGGGGAAUGCAUUUACGAGCCAAAGAGAUUCACCAAGGAGGAGAGGCUACAACUCCGUGUUGAGGAACUGGAAGCCAUGAUAAAUUCGUACAACAUCCAAAGUCGCGAUCAUUCUAGCUCACCUCAAUCUUUGUCAUUCGGCAUGCAGCCCCAGACCGCGUCCUCCCCAGCCUCCUCGGCGUCGGAAAUCCAUGUUCUCCUUGGUAAGGCCAGACUCAGUCCAGGGUCAUCCUCUCAACUGGCAGCGCUGCCCCCAGGCAAGCAGCACUACACUCCGCGUGCCAGCACCUCAUUUGCUGGGGGAUCCGAAGAAUGCAGUUCGCUUCUGGUGACAAACGAGACCACUUCUCAUUUAUUUGACACCUUCUUUACAUACUCCUACCAGUUUAAUUUCCCGUACCCGGAACAUGCUUUUCGUCAAUCGUUUGCCUCAUACUCUGCACCAUCUCCUGCACACCCUCACCCGGCCCUCUUGAACGCCAUUUUUCUGAUUGGGUGCAAAUGGUCUGACUCUCAAAACAUGAGCGACUUGGAGCCCAUUUUCCUCUCGCGUUCCCUGCGUCAUUUGGACGAGAGUCUUGCUUUGGUCGAUAGGUUACUUGAUUUCCUUGUGGCGACCACCCUCAUCAGUCGCUACAGUUUCGUCGUGGGAAGAGAAGCCAGAGCAACUUAUAUGGCAUCAUCUGCAAUGACGUUUUCCAAGAGUUGCGGUCUCCACAGACUGCCCAGAAAGCUCGGCGAUACCACACUUUACGAUGGUACAACAUACCUUCUGCCUCCUCCGCAGACUGAGCAAGAACUGACGCUGAGGAUCAGGGUAUGGUGGAGUAUAUAUUUGCUGGACAAAGACGCGUCUCUAUUCACUGGGCUUCCCACAAAUAUAGCUGAUGAAGAAAUAUAUUCUCCUUGGCCGAAUCCGAUGAGGUUAUUUUAUGGAAAAACCCACUCGCAAGGGCUCAUUGGUACCAACCGGACCGCAGCACCGAAUGCGAAUACCGGCAUCCCCCUAUAUCAUGUUGGCAUCUAUGAACAAAUCAUGGAGUACAUGGACGAAGACGAUGUUUCGGCCAUGGUUCUAUUCUGCGUGAAGGCAAAAGCGAUGUCUCUGCUUCAUGCCUGUAUGCGAGAGUCGAGGAAAUUAUCACAGAAUCCCAUCAACGCUGAUUGGCAAUCAUUCUGGAAUACCUAUCAUGAGCUCGACACCGCUCUUACCGCAUUCCAGAAACAUCUUCCCCCACUCAAUGUGAAGGGCGAACUUGAUGGAGCUACUAUUGCCGCACACUGGAGAUUCCCGUACCCACAAUCUCAGAGUCGCAUAGAAGAUAGAGCGAUCAAUAUCACACGACACUUGCAUACAUUCUUGUUUGCACAGUCCUGUGUAUAUGGGGCAACCAUAGCGCUGCACGGGAUGCUAGCGAACAGCAACGAAAAUGAAAGAGCGCUCGUCUCAGGUACCGCCGGGAAAAUGGCAGAACUCGCCAGAUUAUUCGCAUUGGGCGACAGUUUCAGCGAAGCUUCUGGCAGCACUGGUGCAGUCAACGUGGCUGAAAGAACGAUAUAUCUAUUUGUGGCACCUGUGUGGAAUUCGGCACUGCUCGUUCUACGGCGUGAUCUUGAGCUCGCAGCUUCAUCCCCCGACCCUUUGCGGCGUUUCCCAGUGCAGGUCUCGUCACCAGGCGACAAGAGGCGAUUGCUGAAAGAGCAAGCCGAAAUCUUGACCAGGGCCUUGAUGAAACUCAAACGAUUCUAUGUAUCUCUAAGUACGUCAAGCGUCUUCCACCUUAAUGCGACUCUAAUCGUGAAUUUGAUAGACGUUCAGUGA